AUGGCACCAACCAAGGAUGUUAAACCUCCCUCAUUCUUCGUCUCCCUCCCCGUCGAGUCCCUCAACUCCUCCACCGACUUCUACAAAUCUCUAAAUUUCACACCUCUACCCGACUUUUCCGACGACAACACCGCCGCCUUCCGCUUCCCCUACUCUGCAAACUCCAACAUCUGCCUCAUGCUACACGCCCCGUCCCGUUUCCAAGAGUUCGUCCGCAAGGGCUCAGAGAUUGCACAGCCGAAGAAAGCAACAGGCGCGAUAUUCACCCUUGGAGUGGGCAGCAGGGAAACCGUAGACGGACUGCUGGAUAAGGCGCAAAAGGCGGGCGGCAAGAAGGAUCCGUUCAAGAUGAAGGAAUAUGGGAAAUCACUAGGAAUAUAUACGAGGAGUUUCGAGGACUUGGACGGACACAUCUGGGAAGCGACAACAAUGCUGGACGAGAAAGAAAAGGUUGAAGCAUGA